AAUCGACGGAUUUGCUGCAACUCACCUGAGGUCGUUUUUAUGUAAAACAAAAGGAAACGAUCAUAAUUUUGUGAAAAGAGACCACCGCAGACGAGAAGAGACAGGGGAAGGGUUGUCGGCCAGCCCUAUAAAAGAGGAGCCCUGCACCUCGCAAACCACAACUCGUUGUUCACUGACAACAAUCAACUCAACAAUGAAGGCUCAGCUCGUUUUCGUCCUGGCCCUGGCCAUCGUGGCCGUUGUCUCGGCCGCCACCCCCGAGGCUUCCGCCGACGCCGCUGAUUCCAAGACCAUCGAAAAGCGCGGCAUCGGUUUCGGCCUGCCCUACGGCGGCGGCUACUACGGCGGCUACGGACGCGGUUUGUACGGCGGCUAUGGCGGCUAUGGAGGUUUCGGCUACGGCGGUCUCGGCUAUGGAGGCUACGGAUACCCCGGAUACUACGGCGGACUUCACCGUGGUUUCGGCUACGGCGGAUUCUUCUAAGAAGAUCCAUCCAGCCUGACCCAUGCUCAGCCCCCGGAUGUACAUAGCAAAGCUAAAUCCCGCGAGAAUCAUCUGUACCUGCUCAAAAUCAAUAAAAAUUACCAAAAAUCCACCCUUUGGAAAAUAACAACAAA